GGAGCUACAGCUGGAGCGCUACUCACAGCACCUUUAGAAAUCAUCAAGACGAGGUUGCAGGCCUCUCGUGUUCCUCAUAUGCAAUUGGCUGUAUCACAACCUACUGUGAUCUCUCUGGCUGGAGGCAACGUCACACAAGCUUUGCCAUUUAGUCAGGGCAAGCAAGGCGUUGUAAUGCAUUUACGAUUAAUCGUCCAGAAUGAAGGUUUACGUGCCCUAUGGAAAGGUAUUGGCCCUUAUUUAAUCGGUGUUGCACCAGCGCGAUCGGUAUAUUUUGCUACGUACGCUACGUCUAAGAAGUAUUUCAAUUCUAAGUUGAAACCGGAAUCGAGCGUGGUUCAUAUGCUAUCUGCUAGUAUUGGAGGUGCCGUUGCGGUCACUUCUACUUGCCCUAUUUGGGUUAUAAAAACGCGCUUGCAGCUAGAUACGAAAAGAACGAACUUUAAGAGUGGUUUACUGUGUGCUAAGAAUAUAUAUGCAACAGAUGGUAUUAGGGGUUUCUAUCGUGGUUUAUCCGCUAGUUAUGUAGGCAUCGGAGAGACUGUUUUGCAAUUCGUUAUUUACGAGCGCCUAAAGAAGACGUUAAAACAGAAUCGCGAUAGCUUUACGCAACAGAAAUCAUACAAAGAUUUUACGGAAUGUAUUAUUGCAGCCGCUGGUAGUAAGUUUAUUGCAUCUGGCUUAACAUACCCUCACGAAGUUGUUCGAACGAGAUUACGUGAAAAAUUUGAUGGUCCUCGACAGUAUCGCUCGUUCGUUCAGACAUUACUAAAGGUAUGGAGAGAGGAAGGAAGACCUGGGCUUUAUGGUGGAAUGAAUGCUCAUUUAAUACGAGUCAUACCUAACACCGUAUCGAUGAUGCUGGUUUAUGAAUUGGUUGUAUACGCUAUAUCAAAUCGAGAUAUCACAUCCUAUUAG